CCCUCCUUUUCACCUGCUUUCACGACUUCGCCGGACAAGAUUGCGUCACCCCAAACUCGAUCUUUCAAGAAAGUUCUAAACGCAGCACGUCGAGGUAUAAAACUUUGACUGUCGGGCAAUUGAACCUCAAGAACAAAUCUCGCAAACACAGAACUCAAAACCUUUCAGCAACAAAAGACAUGUCUAUCUACUACUACGAACCAUUCUACAACUUCGACCGCUUCCUUGACGAGUUCUCCAGAAAUGGGAGAACAGCUCCUUCUCAUGCCGUCGAAGGCGGACAGGGUGUCCAGAGGCACAACUCCGAAGCAAUCUCUCAGUCUCUCAAACCAAGAAUGGACCUCCACGAAGACACCGAGAAAAACACAGUCACCGCCAGCUUCGAACUUCCUGGGCUGAAAAAGGAGGACGUCCAGAUCGACAUACACGAUGGUCGGUUGACGGUUUCGGGAGAGACCAAGAUCUCUGAAGAGCAUAAUAAAGACGGAUAUGCCGUCCGUGAACGACGAUUUGGAAAGUUUUCGAGAACAUUGAGGCUUCCUCAGGGUGUAAAUGAGGAAGAGAUCAAAGCAUCUCUCGAAAAUGGGGUUCUUACUGUCUCCUUCCCCAAGACUGGAAAGGAGGCGGAAAGGAAGAAGAUCACUAUCGCGUAGUUUUUGAAAUGUUUUGAUAUUACGCGAACUAAUGUAGCAUAAAUUUGAAUGUAUGGUUACUUUUAACGUAUCUAUUGCGCAUCGGUUAAAGACUGA